CAGAUGUACACUUAUUUAAAUACACACAUGUCCACCAGAAUACCUACCACUCAUGACCACCAAGCUACACAACCUUUAAUCUCACUUUUACACCAAAUAAUGGAGAUUCUCACCUCAUUAUCAUCAACCCUUCUCAUCAUCUUGUUCAUCACACACACUCACACACUCGUAUUGUGUGUCGAGACUUGUGAACCGGCCACAUGCAGCCCGGCCGGUCCAGAUAUCCGGUUCCCUUUCCGGCUCACUGGCAGACAACCUAGGCACUGUGGUUACCCAGGUUUUGAUCUGUCGUGUAAUAACAAAAGUCAGCUUUUAUUACAUCUGCCGUUUGCAGGCGAUUUUGUCGUGACUGAUAUAAACUACGCGGCGCAUGUUAUUUAUUUUAAACCGGAGUUUUGCCCACCGAAUGCUAUACAAGAUUUGAGCACGUUGCUGCCACCUUUUGUGGGCGGUUUUUUGAGGGAGCAUACUUUUUUUAACUGCUCGUCGAACCGGUUUUUUCCGGUGGCUGAACCGUUCGAGACGUUGGAGUGUUUUAGGGGGGUGAAUUCUACGGUGGUUGUGGUGGAGAGUAGGCUGUUUGAGGGGGCGAGUGAUCGGAGAUUGCCGGAAUCUUGCCGGAAUGAUAGUGCCACGGUGGCGAUCCCGGUCGGGUUUAGGUGGGACCUGCCGGCUUGUGGGAAGUGUGAAUUUGAGAACCGGACUUGUGGGUUCAAGAAUGAGGAGACUUUGGAACUUGGUUGCGCUGGUGAUUCAAAAAGAGGUCAUUCAACGGCUGUCAAGUAUGGGAUUGUAUUCGGAAUCGGAUUGCCUGGAUUUUUGAUACUUGCAUUUCUAACAUACUAUGCAAGGAAGAAGAUCUAUCAUCGUACUCACAUCGAACGACACUAUGCACCAAGUCUUCCAACAACAACGAUAGCACCACAGCCUCCCGCCUUUGUAACUGGCCUCGACAAGCUUACCAUCGACUCUUAUCCAAUGACGGUGUUGGGGGCCAGCAAAAGACUGCCGAAGCCUAGUGAUUCAACUUGUGCAAUUUGUCUAUCUGAAUACCAGCCUAAGGACACAAUAAGGACUGUCCCAGCAUGUAAUCACUAUUUUCAUUCUACUUGUAUAGAUGAGUGGCUUAAGCUCAAUGCCACAUGUCCAGUGUGUCGUAACUCGCCAGAGGGAUCAUUUGGUAGGGCCGCAACCUCUACUUCCUCAUCUUCUUCCUCAAGUUCGCAUUUUUCCAGUUAGGCAAUAAUCUGUGCCUCAUUUUUGUGAGGAAUCUUUGAUAUGUGUACAUUGCGCGGUGUAUAUAGACAAUGAUGGUGAAUUGGUGAUAAUUAAUGGAAAUGUUAGUUUGCUAA